GGAAUCAAAAGCGGAGCUCCAACAACAAUGGCUAUUACCAAACUCGGAUCCUCAAUCGAAAUCCCCAGAGGAAAAAAUAAGCACAAAAACGUUAUACACGAUACUUUUUGUUCUCUCGUUUCGGCUUCCUCUAUCUCUUUCUCUCGUCACUCAAACAGCGUCAUUGCAUUCCUCUCUCUACCUCUCUCGCAAUACGAUCAUUCCCUCCGUUGAAACAGAGAAAACUCGGAGGACCCAGAUUCCCAUUUGCCUUUUCCCCCGUGAUUUCAUUCGUUUCCGGAGAAAAUCUGUCAUUUGCGAUAUGGGUUUGGACGAACGAAACAGAAGCACGUGAACGAGGAAGAAGAAAUGUGAUCUGAGUCAUGGGUUUUUGGAAUUGACUCAGAACGAAGAAGAAGAAGACGAAGACAAAAGAUAAACACGAGGAAACGAUGUCCGUGGCGCACGCCGACGAUGCCGACGAUUUCGGAAGACCUUCGGGAGAGAUUUACCACGCGGAGAAAGCUUUGCCGAGUGGGGAUUUCUACACGGGGCAAUGGCGGGAUAAUCUUCCCCACGGACAUGGGAAGUAUCUUUGGACCGAUGGGUGUAUGUAUGUUGGAGAAUGGUGCAGAGGGAAAACGAUGGGCAAAGGUCGCUUUAGUUGGCCCAGUGGUGCUACGUACGAAGGUGAUUUCAAGAACGGAUAUAUGGAUGGAAAAGGUACUUACAUUGGUCCAUGCGGUGAUACCUAUAGAGGAUCUUGGGUGAUGAAUCUCAGACAUGGGCAAGGAACAAAGAACUAUGACAAUGGAGACGGCUAUGAAGGAGAAUGGAGGAGAGGGCUGCAAGAUGGGCAUGGGAGGUAUCAAUGGAAGAACGGUAACCACUAUAUUGGUCAAUGGAAAAACGGGAUAAUGAAUGGGAAUGGUACAAUGAUAUGGAGCAACGGGAAUCGUUAUGAUGGAUUUUGGGAAGAUGGUGCUCCUAAAGGCAACGGAACAUUUCGAUGGGCAGAAGGGAGUUUCUAUGUUGGUGUUUGGAGCAAAGAUCCGAAGGAACAGAACGGGACUUACUACCCUUCGAGUUCUUCUUCUGGAAACUUGGAUUGGGACCCACAACAGGUGUUUUACGUCGAUCUGAGCGAGUGCCUUGUCAGCCAAUGUGACAGAAUCCCGGUCUUGCCUUCUCAGAAAAUGCCAGUUUGGUAUGGGGUAGAGCAGACAGGGAAUAGGGCCAAAAAUGAGAAUAACAGGCCGAGAAGGAGAUCGGUGGAUGGAAGGAUAAGCAACGUUGAGGCGGAUAUGAAGAAUGGGUUUGGAUAUCUUCAGCUAGAUGAUUCGGUUUGUGCAGAGGAAAAUACUAGAUUAAGCCCUUUGAGGAUACAGCUUCCAAAGAAGCAAGGGCAGACCAUCUCUAAAGGGCACAAGAAUUAUGAACUCAUGCUUAACUUGCAGCUAGGAAUCAGGCAUUCUGUCGGAAGACCGGCUCCAGCCACUUCUCUUGAUCUAAAGGCUUCAGCUUUUGAUCCGAAGGAAAAGGUUUGGACAAAAUUUCCUCCUGAAGGAUCCAAACACACCCCUCCGCACCAAUCUUGCGAGUUUAAAUGGAAGGACUACUGCCCUGUGGUUUUCAGGACCCUGAGGAAAUUGUUCAAUGUAGAUGCAGCUGAUUACAUGAUAUCAAUUUGUGGGAAUGAUGCACUUAGGGAACUGUCUUCCCCGGGGAAAAGUGGAAGCUUUUUUUACUUAACCAAUGACGACCGCUACAUGAUCAAGACUAUGAAGAAGGCCGAGACAAAAGUGCUUAUAAGGAUGCUUCCUGCAUACUACAAUCAUGUCAGAGCAUGUGAGAACACUUUAGUUACCAAGUUCUUUGGCCUUCAUUGUGUGAAACUGACGGGCACUGCACAGAAGAAGGUUCGAUUUGUGAUAAUGGGGAAUCUGUUCUGUACCGAGUAUUCAAUCCACAGGCGGUUUGACCUUAAGGGAUCCUCCCAUGGCCGACUAACGACUAAACCCGAGUCUGAAAUCGACCCAAACACGACACUCAAAGACCUCGAUCUAAAUUUCAUAUUCCGGUUACAGAAGAACUGGUAUCAAGAGUUCUGCAGGCAAGUCGACAGAGACUGCGAGUUCCUCGAGCAAGAGAGAAUCAUGGAUUAUAGUCUUUUGGUGGGAAUGCACUUUCGAGAAGCUUCUACUAGGGGUACUGCCACUCCUCCUUCCGGUGCCCGAACUCCCACCGGAAACGUUCCUCGUCUCUCCCGAGCAGAAAUAGAUCGGUUUCUUCUUGAUGCCAGCAGGUUAGCUUCCAUUAAGUUAGGUAUAAACAUGCCGGUGAGGGUUGAAAGAACGGUGAGAAGAAAUGACUGUGAGGCUCAGCUUGUCGGGGACCCGGCCGGCGAAUUCUACGAUGUGAUUCUCUACUUUGGCAUAAUAGACAUCCUCCAAGACUACGAUAUUAGCAAGAAACUCGAACACGCCUACAAAUCCAUGCAGUAUGACCCGACCUCGAUCUCAGCCGUCGAUCCAAAACAAUACUCGAGACGUUUCCGGGAUUUCAUCUUCAGAGUCUUCGUAGAAGAUACUUGAUACAACAUAAAGCAAUGAAGUUUCUCUAACACAGAUUUGGCGAUGGAAAGUUAGGUUUCUUACACACAUUUUCUUCAAACUGACAUUGUUGCCAUAAGUUGUUUACUCAGAGACAAAAACAGGGUACAGGGUUUUGUUAGGGCCGUUAGAGAGUAAAGGGGCCGUUUUGCAAUUUUUACGAAUAAAUGUUGUAAAUUUAAAGUUUAAACUAAUUCUCAGGGUAUCUGUGUUAAUAGAGAGAGUUAUCUUCUCUUUUGUAACUAAAAAGAUAGAAGUUGCUUGGGUUUUGUAA